UUCAGCAGCUGCUCUGGCGUUGCAGUGAUCGUUUGGGAAUCAGAUGCAGUCAUAUGCUCAUCCAUAAUGGGUUCAUAAGAAACACUGUCCCAAAAAUAUAUCUGACCUUUGGAGAAAGCUCACAAGAUUCAGGUCCAAAGAGGAGGUGAACUGUUUUUUUUUUUUUAAAGAGCUUAUACCAGAGAGGAGAAUGAUAAAGCAGGUGUUGUUUGGGAUUCUUUGUGGCGCUGCCAUACUGACCGCAGGCAUCUUAAUCGGUCACUAUGGUAUUGCCCAAAGCAGCAGUUCAGCACCGUCCUGGGUGAAGGAGGUGGCGAAGGAUGUGGACGAGGGUCUCAUUGAGAAGUUCAUGUCUGAGGUGGACAACAUUCAGAUUCAGGAAAACUUAAGGGUGUUGUCGAAAGUGCCCCACAUGGCCACCACUGCUGGAGAUGAGCAGACAGUGCAGUAUAUGCUAAAGAGAUGGCAGGACCCCGAAACCGGUCUUGACGAGGCCUGGAGAGAGGAGUACAUGGUCUACCUGUCCUUCCCUGACCCCAAGAACCCCAAUAAGGUCACUGUAGUGAGCCCGUCUGAUACUGUGCUGCACACUGCCAGAGAAAAAGAGAAGCCUUACACUCAAGACCAAAAUGAUCCUGAGGUGGUUCAGCCAUAUGCUGCGUACUCCCCUGUAGGACACGUAAAGGGGAAACUGGUUUACGCCAACCAGGGGAAACCAAGUGACUACCAGCUGCUGAACCAGACAGUUGACCUUAGAGGAACCAUCGCUAUCACCAGAUAUGGCGGAGCAGGAAGAGCAGCUAAAGCCAUCAAUGCAGAACCAUAUGGCGUCAUUGGUGUGCUUGUCUACACAGACCCUUUGGACAUCAAUGAUGGUCUCAUGUCAGAUAUCAAUGAGACAUAUCCUCACUCCUGGUACAUGCCGCCCUCCGGGGUGGAGCGAGGAUCCUUUAACUCUCAGUAUGGAGAUUUGCUUACACCCUACCUGGCUGCUAAAGAGGAAACCUACAGAAUUCCAGUCCAGAACAUUACAGGGAUCCCUCCUAUUCCAAUUCAACCGAUCGGAUUUGAGGAUGCCAACAAAUUAAUCUGUGAGCUGGACGGACAAGCAGCUCCAAAUGCAUGGCAGGGAGGAUUCAACUGCUCCUACAACUUUGGCGGUCCAGGGUUCAAACAAACCUCUGAUUUCAAUAACAGUGAUGUGAAGCUGGACAUCUUCAACCAUGAAAAGGUGGAGAGCUCCUCUAAUGUGAUGGGAGUAAUCAGAGGGAGUGUCGAACCAGACAGGUAUGUGAUCUACGGGAACCACAGGGACAGUUGGGUUCAUGGUGCCAUCGACCCCAGCAGUGGGACAUCGGUCAUGCUGGAAUUGACCAGGGUACUGGGCAAGAUGGUCAAACAGGGCAAAUGGAGGCCUCGCAGGUCCAUCAUCUUUGGAAGUUGGGGAGCAGAGGAGUUCGGCCUUAUUGGGUCUGCAGAAUACACAGAGCAAUACUUCACCAAGCUCAGCGAACGCACUGUUGCUUACAUCAAUGUGGAUAUAGCUGUUUUUGCCAAUGCCACCCUCAGGGCUUCAGGGAUGCCGUCAGUACAGAACGUCAUCUUCACAGCCGCAAAACAGGUCGGUGCACCUGGACUGGACUCCACAUCUGUGUAUGACAACUGGAAACGAUAUACCAACAGGACAAGCCCGGCCCAUGGAACCAUUCCCAGAAUGGGAUACCUGUCAGGUGCAGGGAGUGAUUACGCUGCCUUUGUCCAUUACCUGGGAAUCACUUCGAUGGACAUUGCAUACACAUAUGACAAGAGUAAAACAAAUGCUCGCAUUUACCCUGCAUACCACACAGCAUACGACACCUUUGACUACGCCUCAAGGUUCAUUGAUCCCGGGUUUGUCAGUCAUCAAGCCGUUGCCAGGACAGCAGGAAACGUCUUAAUCCGAUUGGCUGACAGCUUAGUGUUGCCACUGAACUGUAGUGACUACGCUGAGAGUCUGGAGGACUACCUCAGCACAACAAUCACCCUAUAUGAACAUCAGCUGAAUGCAAGGAAUAUAUCUGUGGAGCCAUUAAAACGUGCAGUGGCCAGCUUUCGCAGUGCAGCUUCUCAUUUGGACCAGGUGAUUCACAGUUCAGAGCUGGCAAAUGAGACCCCUCUGAAGGUCAGAAGGAUCAAUGACCAGCUCAUGCUGCUGGACCGCGCUUUCUUGGACCCUCUGGCCUUCCCAGACAAAUAUGCAUACAGGCAUGUUAUCUGGGCCUCAAGUAGCGCCGGCGAGCCAACCUUUCCAGGCCUGGCUGAUGCCUUUGCCAAGGCUGAGUCAUCGGGUCAGUCAAGCGACUGGGACAAAGUUCAUUACCACCUGUCAGUCCUGAGCCAGGCCAUUGAGGGUGCUGCCCACACACUGGUUGAUGUCAUAUGAGGAGGAACUGCAGUCUCUCAGGGAUUUUAUUUUAAAAAAAAAAAAAAAAAAGGAGGGACCUGCCACUAACGAGCACUGAUGAGCUGGACCACAGUACAACUAUUUAUGGGUAAUAUUAAUUGAGGUGAUUUAGGAAUCAUUGAGCAAAGCUCAUCACCAAACAGUAACAUGAAUGAUGUCUUUGUCUUUUGACACUCAAUUAAAAUAUUUAAAUAU